GGUGAAAGUGAUAUAUAUGAUUUUGGCAAAUAUCAUAAGCAAAUAUCAAGAUUACUCAAUUACUAAAUUUGUCCGUAUUACUUACUGUAAAAAGUUCUUUUCUAAUAUUCGUAAGGUUUUCAAACGAUUAAAAAUACAGUGUGUAAGGUAUCGGAUGAUAUUAUAAAAUAUUGUAACAGCUCAACUAUCGGAAGCGCAAAUACAAAAGUUAGCUCGAGAACAAAAUUGCUUUCGAAGACUAGUGAAAUGGGUUUGUCAAUUAAGAACGGUUACGAGGAACACGUAUCCGAUCUUGAACAGUCUUCUUGAACGCAUCGGAAGGAGGGAUUUAAUCGCGUGUCUCGCAGAACUCAGCAUGAAAACUUCCAAGUCACCGAAAGUAAUUCGCGAAGCUCAGGCGGACGAUUUGGACGAAUACGAAGGAGUCGCGACAACAGCCACGCUGAAAGAGAAAGAUAGUAAUACAGAACCUCAACUCUCGGAGCAGAUGAUUCAGAAGAUCAGUGGACGUACUACUAUCAAACUGUCGUUGCACAGCGCAGGCAUCGUUCUCGCUUCGAUCAUACUCGUAUCUUGUUUAUGUACUUUACUUAUAAGGAACAGACUGAUGAAACUAUUCGAUAGAAUACGAGGGAAGAAGAAGAAAGGUAAAUUUAUCGCGAUCGGAGAUGACAUAGAGGAUGUGUCUAGAAGUUACUUCAUUCGAAAGCCACGAAUAAAAAGGAAACGACCUCCGUCGUACGAAAUGGUGCACACAGCCACGCAGAACACCGCGCCACCUCCAUCUGUACCACAGGAACCGGAAGAACCAGAGCCGAUGGCUUGUUACAGAUGUUACAAGAAGAAACGGAAGAAAAGCACCAAAAGACCGAAGAGAUGAAACACACUUCGUCAAAUAAAUCGAAAUGAUCUGGCAGACUGGUUAGGAAAAUCCUCGUUCGUGCAAAUAGGGAAAGAUCUCGACAGGGCACUGGUAAACACGUUCGAUGAACUCGUCAAAGAAGAAACGGAAUUGCC